UGUCAGUACGGGACCACAUGAGUUUAUAAACGAAUAGUUAUCAAACACAUCACUAUGGUGCUGUAAAUUGUUCAGUUAAUGUACUUAUUACUUCUACACAGCGGCAGCCACAGUGAGUCUGCGCAAAAUUAACAUUUCCCUUUUUCAUAUGAACGAUCUAAUUUGGUUUAUACUGUACUGAGUCAUAUUGGGUGGGUGGAGUAAUUGUAUGACCAGAAGAUGGCGAGCGGGGUUGGAAAACACAAGUUGCUUGCCAUGGGGCCAACGGAGCCAUGGUCGGUGAGGGAGAAGCUGUGCUUGGCCACCUCUGUCAUGAAGAGUGGGGACCAGAACUGGGUGUCUGUCAGUCGAGCCAUCAAACCAUUUGCAGAGCCAGGACGACCCCCUGACUGGUUCUCACAAAAGCACUGUGCCUCCCAGUACUCAGAACUCCUGGAGACGACAGAGACCCCAAAACGGAAGCGUGGCGAGAAAGGUGAGGUGGUGGAGACGGUGGAGGACGUGAUCGUCCGCAGGCUCACGGCAGAGAGGAUUGAGGAGCUGAAGCGCUUGAUCAAAGACACACAGGAGAARCACAGGAAGCUGAAGAAAGAGGCAGAGCUGAUCCAAGCCGGACACCUGGACUCCAAACUUGAGGAGCUAUCGGGAGAGAUUGUGCAGAAGAAGAAACAGGAAGAGGAGGAGGCAGAYGUGAAAAGAAAGGCCAUAGAUACAGCCUAUCUAGCCAGACAGGCGGUGAAGAACACCCCUAAAAGAGUGCCCAGUGUGACCGUGCGCUCUCCCCCGGGGUGCGGCUCGCCAAGCCUCGAGUUCUGCCAAGGGGACACACCCCAGAGCACACCCGAGGACCCCAGCACCUCAGUGACUGCCCCAGAAGCAGCAGGGUUCAUGCACCUGACUGAGGCCUGUGGGCUGGUUGGUGCAGAGUCAGGCCUGGGCACUCUUCUGGAUGACUCCCCACAAAAGAAGCUCUUGGGCCAGAAAGCCACGCCACCACCAUCCCCUCUCCUCUCUGAGCUACUGAAGAAAGGCAGUUUCAUACCCACGAGCCCCAGACUGGUUGGAGAUGGUGACCUGCCUGGUAAUAUGACAAUAGCACAUGACCUACAGCUCACAGGCUCCAUUCUCCCUGGCUGUCUAGCAACAGGUGCCCCUACACUCUCUCGUCUGCUGGAGGCUGGGCCUCAGUUCUCAGCUCCGCUGGGCUCCUUGGCCAGCAGCACAGACUCCUCCAGUGCCCUUCUCGCUGCUGCUGCACCCCCCACUAUGGACUCCCCCGCCUCACUACACACAGGCAGGGAUGAGGUGGAGGCCUCCCAGCCUGGCCCAGGGGAGGGGACAGAAGAGGGCCUAGUGACGGUGCCCUACAUGGGAGAUGAAUUGGACCUGGAGACAGUUGGGGACAUCAUCGCCAUCAUUGAGGAUAAGGGUGAUGAGAAUGCAGAGGCUCUGGAUGCGGCUGCAGUGGAGGCCGCUCUGUCCCUGUGUGAGGAGACUGGCCACGCCCUGUCUGGCCCCCCCUGGGAGCCCGGGCCCUUCAAGCCCCCUGAGUCUAACCCUGCCGCCCCCACACGGGCCCCACAAGCCUCCUCCUACUCCUCCUCCCKCCACGGCAGUCUGGAGGUGAAGAGGGAGAGCCUGGAGAUACGGGGUGGGGCCUCUGCAUGUGACAGCCAGGACAUCUGUACCUCAGGGUACACACACCCCCUAGGCAUCAGUGGCCUUCCUCCCUCCUGCUCGUCUAUGAUGCUGGAGCACAGCCAGCCUAUUGGCGCUCGUCUGCAGCAUGGGGUCAUGGGCGGGGCCGAUGGGGAGGGAAGCCCUGUCUCUCCCCAUGCCACCAUCAAGUGUGAGAGUGAAGAGUGGACGCAGCAAGGAGCUGACACACCACACGCAGACUCUGAGGGUGGCCCCAUGACAAGAGGACACUCCAAGGAGGAAGAGGAGGGGGUGAGCGACGGAGAGGAGAGGAGUGCCUCAGAGACUAAAGAGGGCCUGGAUGGGGGCGAUGAGGAGGCCUACCUGUCUGAGGCAGAAGGGGAGACGGAGCUGGAGCCCCCAGCCAGUGAGAGUGAGGACAGCUAUAGUCUGCACACAGCCUCCUCCUCUCUGCAGCUGCACACCACCGCAGACUCUAUCCCCAGCAGCCCUGCCUCCUCCCAGUUUUCGAUGUGCAGUGAGGACCAGGAGGCCAUGCAGGCUCAGAAGAUCUGGAGGAAAGCCAUCAUGCUGGUAUGGCGAGCAGCCGCCAAUCACAGGUAUGCUAAUGUGUUCCUGCAGCCUGUGACUGAUGACAUUGCCCCGGGGUAUCACAGUAUUGUGCACAGGCCCAUGGAYCUGUCCACCAUUAAGAAGAACAUUGAGACCGGUCUGAUCCGCACCACUGCAGAGUUCCAGCGGGACAUCAUGCUGAUGUUCCAGAACGCGGUGAUGUACAACAGCUGUGACCACGACGUGUUCCACAUGGCYCUGGAGAUGCAGAGGGACGUCCUGGAACAGAUCCAGCAGUUCCUGGCCACACAGCUCAUCAUGCAGACCUCCGAGUCGGGCGUCAGCGCCAAGAGCCUGAGGGGCCGAGAGAGCACUCGCAAGCAGGACCCCUCGGACAAGGACAGUGUCCCCAUGGCCUCUCCUGCCUUCCUUCUCUCUCUCUUUGAUGGGGGCACCAGGGGGCGCCGUUGUGCCAUAGAAGCUGACYUGAAGAUGAAGAAAUGAGUCGCAGGGAGCACCUGCAGAUGACUCUGGAUGGAGUACAACUGAUUGGUAUCCUCUAUCCAUGGUCAUGUCCCAGUUGAUGAAGGUAACGAAGGACACCACAGUCUGCGUCAAUGUCGUUUCAUGUCCUCUCACUUCAACUGGACAUGGUAUGUCUGGCUGAGAGAGCAAUGCAGUUCCUGAAUUGCAGCUUAGAGUAAAUGCAACCCCAACACUGAGAAAAACAUACUCCAACUCCUGAAUCGAGUCCCCUCCUAAACUGAGCAAGGCAUUGUGACGUAGAUAAACAGAGUGAGGAACAGUUGACUGAAUGAGAUGACUAGGGUCGUACUGUAUGUGUCGGUCAACACAACUGAAAUACCUUGCAUUGUGUAUGUGUUUCAUGAGUUUAAGUCCUUUGUAUAGUAUUGUACAGGCAUGUCCCUUUGUGUACAUAUGGUGCCUUUUUUAAAGGCAAUGAAUGUUUCAAAAUAAUAAAUAUUUGUUGCAAGAUUGUGGUCCCCCAAUUUAGCAAACCA